AUGAAUGGUCCAUCAACAGUAAAUCAUUCGACACAAAAUAAUGAACAAUUAAUUGGAAAAUUUCAUGUUGUUAAUGUUGAUAAAUUACCAACAAAUCCAGUUAAUGCUCAUGAUGAAACAACUUCUAUUGUUGGUCAACAACUGCCGCCUCCACCACCAGUAGCAUCAUCGUCUACUACUACAACUACUGAUGAAUCUGUAUGUCCAUCACGUUUUCAAAUGAUUCGUGUUGAUAGAAAUUUUGUACGCGGUCGUUGGAAAGUAAAUGAUUAUGAACCGCCUGAAAAUAUUGCAACUCUAAAUAAUCCACCGGUGACUAAUUCUAUUGAAAAUGAACCUGUAAACAAUUCCAAUACAUCAACUAUGCCAGCAACAGCACCAAUAACAACAAUACCAUCUAAUAUACCACCCAAUGUACAUGCGGAUUCAAAUGUUACUUCAUCAGCAACACUUGCUGCAACAGCUGCUUCAGCUGCUGCUGCAGCUGCAACUGCUUUUCAACAACAACAGCAACAACAACAACAACAACAACAACGAUUAGCAAUGAACAAUCCAACAACAGUUAUGCCAGCAGCUAAUGUUCCACCACCAGCUGGUCUUCUUUCUGCUUAUCCACCGACAGCAUUACCUAAUCUUGCAGCACCAAAUCAAGCGUAUAUUUUAUCAGGUCAUCCACAAUUUGGUUAUUAUCAAAUAUUGCUACCACCUUAUUCACCAUAUGCUGCUCAAUGGGCUGCUUUAGCUGCUACAAAUUCUUUUCUACCUCCAACAAUGCCACCACCACAACAACAAACAUCUCGAUUACCAACUGGAAAUCUCGGUGAACCUUUACGACUUCCGGAAACAGUUCCAGAUGGAACUAGUGAAAAUCCAGUGAUCCCUUCUAAUCUAUAUCCGAAUCCGACUUCUGAUCACUUACAAAAUGCUCAAAUAGCUGCAGCAUCGACUGCACCAUUUAUAUAUGCUCCUCAACAUCCUCAUUCAACAUAUGUUUCACAAGCACCAUUAACUACUGCUUCUCCUUAUGCAACUAUGCCAACUUAUCAUUCUGCUGCACAGCCAUCAACAAUUAUUCCACCAACAGCACGGCCAACAUCACUCGCCCAAGCUAUUCCAAACAAUAUUACUGACAUACAACAACAACAACAACAACAAAUACACUCUCAUCAAGUACCAUCUACACAACAACAACCACAACAAGCACCAAUUCUUACUUCACCUAAACAAGAUACAGCAGCAACAAAAACUUCUCUACAACCACCAAUUAUACCGAAAGCAACGACAACAACAACAUCAGUACCAACAAAACUUUUAACAACACAAACAAAUGGUACUAAUGCAAUAGCUCAAACAAAACCUGUUACAAUAAUAAGCAAUAAUGCUAAUACUGAUACACUAAAAACAACAACAGCAACAAAUCCUACAUAUAUUACUGAUUUAUUAUCAACAUCACCUUCAUUAUCACAUAUUCAACAACCAUCACGAACACUUAUGUCUCCUAUAACAAUACAAACAAAUAAUCCAAGUAAUAUGACUAGUCCAAAUAAAGCACCGACAGCUUCAUUAAAUGACAUAUGGCCAUAUGGAACAGCUGGUCCAUCAUUAAAUUUAACGCAAACAGCUGCACAAACUGCAGUUGUUACAGCUGCUGCUGCAAUGGGCUUAUUAAAUAGUGAAAGUGGUCAAAAUACAGAAAUAGCUAACGAGAUUCUUAAAGAACUAACAACCCCAACAAAACAAAAUAAUACAACGGAUAUUGACAACAAAAUUUCAGCAGCCAUGGAUCUUGUUAAAAUGCAUUUGUUAUCUGCUGUCCGUGAAGAAGUAACCGAAUUACGUCAACAAAUUCGAACGCUUACUGAUAAAGUGAAUAGUGUUGAACAUGAAAAUACAUUUCUUCGUCAGCAUGUACCUAGUGAAAUCUAUGCUCAAUAUAUACCAUUAUAUCCUGGUUUAUCAUCUGCUAAUGAUCCAUCCAAUCCUACAACAACCAUAACGGGUACAGCUUCGAUACCUUCAUCGUCUAUAACGUCUAGUCAAUCGAUACCAAUGGCUUUUGUAUCAUCGCUCCCUUCAUCGUUUGCACAACAACCGCCUUUAUCGACUACCUCACUACCACCACCACCACAACCACCUUCAUCAACAAAUCUUCCUUCAACUUGA